AUGAUGCGGAAGAAUUACAAUCUCAUGCUACAGUUUGCACAUGUGUUUGUUUAUUGGACAUUUAUUGCAAGAAAUUUGUCGUUUUUGGACAUUUAUUAUUGCAUUAAUUUAUAAUUAGAUGAUAUAAGUGAAAUGACUAAUUGCUUAAAGACUAUGGUUUCUGCUGUUGGUUGAGUUUGGUAAACAGUAACGUAUCCUAACAGUGUUAGCUAGCUAGCUACGAUGUUAUAGUGUGUUACGGUGUCACAUUGAUUCAUUUAGAAAAUGAAAUAUUUGUAGCACGCGCGCCUUACUCUACACAUGACAUAACUGGACAGUCUAUCUACCAUGACUAUGACGGAGGAAGCACCGAGUGUCCCUGAGCGCUACAUCUCAGAACAUGAAGGGUUCUAUGGAACCAUCAAGAACUCCACCAGAGACUUUGUAGUCACAGAGAUAGACAUCCAUGGCCAGAUGGUUACUAAACCCAGUGUAUCUGAUGUUCCUCAAUCAUCCAACAUUACUGAGGCACGCCCAGGUGCCAAGUCUGAAGGAAAGAGAAAUAUUAUUAGCCCAAAACAUCAACACAACCUCAAAGAAGAGAAUUGUCCUCCGGUUGUAAAGGGUGUGGAUUCAGUACCUGGACCCGGUCAGAAUGGUGACAUCACAUCCACCGCCAGCCAAGACUGUUUUGACCUGAGCACGAUACUGGGUCAGGCUGUCUGUGAAGAGCUAGAGCAGUUCACUGCUUUAUUGAGAGAGGCAUCAUCAAGUCCCAAUGAUGGCGUUGAGAAGAAUCUGGCCAACCAAGAAUCAUCCAAUGGCAGUGAGAAGAAGAUGGCCAGUCAAGAGCUAUCCCUGGGUUCAUUCCCAGACAAACACCAAAGAGCUAAUGUCCACCGUGCUGUUCGACACAACUUUCCCUUCCUGUUGACAGUAACCAACCAAUCAGAGAUCAGGGUUAAGGAGGACCCUGACUUUAAGCUCCUAUCAGGUUUGGUCUCCGAGGAGGAGGCCGAAGACUUUUUCAGGUUCAUCGACACCAAGAUGCCUAACUCUGUGUACACGUUCAGGGGUGAUGACAGUAAGGAGCACAGGACGGCAGUGCACCACUUCCUCAGUAGACGGUUUGGUAAACUGGUGGAGACUAAGAGCUUCAGUGACCAGCAGCAGAAGACUACGGCCAUUACGGUCAGGUUGAGAGAAAAAGGGAAACCCAGGAAGAGGACGGCUGAUGACAGUAAAGAGGAAGAGGUCUAUACAGCGUUCACUCUGAGGAAGGAGAACCUAGAGACUCUGGAGGCUAUCAGCUACAUGGCAGCGGUCCUGGGGGUGCUGCCCUCUGACUUCACCUACGCCGGCAUCAAGGACAAGAGGGCCGUCACCUACCAGUCCAUGGUGGUCAAGAAGAUCUCACCACAACGGCUGAGAGAGAAGGCCAGUGAGUUUGAGAAGAGGGGGGUGGUCCUCUCCUCCGUCCGCUCCGUCUCUGAGCCUCUUCAUCUGGGUAGACUCCAGGGGAACCACUUUGACCUGGUGGUACGGGACCUGAGACCACACCAGGGUCAUGGCACACUGAUGGAGCUGGACUCACUGGUGCAGGAGGCUGUGGACAACGUAAAGGUCAAGGGGUUUGUGAACUACUAUGGACCUCAGAGGUUUGGGACUGGACAGAGUGUUCAGUCUGACCGCGUCGGACUGGCCCUGCUCAAAGGGGAAAUGGUGGCAGCUGUCCGUCUGUUCUUCACACCAGAAGAGGGUGAUGACCCUCAGAGCGUUGCCAAGAGACACUUCCUCCAGACUGAUAAUGCCAAGGAGGCCCUGUCUCUGAUGCCCAUGUCCAAGGCCAGAGAGAGGAUGAUGCUGAGGGCCCUACAUCGCUAUGGGACGGGCCCAGAGGGCUGCACCCGUGCCUGGCUCAGCCUGCCCCAUGGGAUGAGGGUCUUCUACCCCCACGCAUACUGCAGCCGGGUCUGGAACGAGGCGGCUGCACACAGGCUGGCCACGCUGGGCCACAGGGCCAGGCAGGGAGAUCUGGUCUGGAAGCAGAGGGGAGAGGAGGGGAUAGAGGCGGGAGAAACCAGCUUACCUCAGAUUCAUGUUGUUACUGCUGCAGAGGAGGAAGUCUACUCACUAGGACAGGUGGUUCUUCCCAUGCUUGGCAACAGUGUGAAGUACCCAGAGAACCCUGUAGGGGGCUGGUACCAGGAGAGACUGGCGAGGGACGGACUACAGAGCUGUCGUUUCAGAGUCACUCCUCUCAAACUGAACCUCCCUGGCUGCUACCGCCCCUUACUGGCCAUCCCACAUAGCCUGACCUACAGGCUGGAGCAGAGCCAGAGAGCUGGGGAGAGGCAACAGGAUUGUAAUGGAAAGUCGCAGGCUAGUGGAGCGGUACCACAGAACCCUGACACAGACACAACUAGACCUGGAGGUCUGGAGAGGCAGAGAGGAGGGGAGAGCGUGCAGGGUAAUGGACAGGGGGAGUCAACGGUGCAGUAUCCUGACACAGACACAACUAGACCUGGAGGUCUGGAGAGGCAGAGAGGAGGGGAGAGCGUGCAGGGUAAUGGACAGGGGGAGUCAACGGUGCAGUACCCUGACACAGACACAACUAGACCUGGAGGUCUGGAGAGGCAGAGAGGAGGGGAGAGCGUGCAGGGUAAUGGACAGGGGGAGUCAACGGUGCAGUACCCUGACACAGACACACCUAGUUUGACGUUGAACUUUGACCUGGACUCUUCCUGCUACGCUACCGUCUGCCUCAGAGAGGUCAUGAAAUGUGACCCUUAGACUGGAGUCUCAGAUGCUGUAUGUACUACUGUGUGUACAGUAUUUUGAUUAGUAUUGUGUUGUGUACACAGUGUGGCCUCUUGUGUAGAUGUAGGAUACUGCUACAGUAUUGUGAUCAGUAUUGUGUUGUGUACACAGUGUGGCCUCUUGUGUAGAUGUAGGAUACUGCUACAGUAUUGUGAUCAGUAUUGUGUUGUGUACACAGUGUGGCCUCUUGUGUAGAUGUAGGAUACUGCUACAGUAUUGUGAUCAGUAUUGUGUUGUGUACACAGUGUGGCCUCUUGUGUAGAUGUAGGAUACUGCUACAGUAUUGUGAUCAGUAUUGUGUUGUGUACACAGUGUGGCCUCUUGUGUAGAUGUAGGAUACUGCUACAGUAUUGUGAUCAGUAUUGUGUUGUGUACACAGUGUGGCCUCGUGUGUAGAUGUAGGAUACUGCUACAGUAUUGUGAUCAGUAUUGUGUUGUGUACACAGUGUGGCCUCUUGUGUAGAUGUAGGAUACUGCUACAGUAUUGUGAUCAGUAUUGUGUUGUGUACACAGUGUGGCCUCUUGUGUAGAUGUAGGAUACUGCUACAGUAUUGUGAUCAGUAUUGUGUUGUGUACACAGUGUGGCCUCUUGUGUAGAUGUAGGAUACUGCUACAGUAUUGUGAUCAGUAUUGUGUUGUGUACACAGUGUGGCCUCUUGUGUAGAUGUAGGAUACUGCUACAGUAUUGUGAUCAGUAUUGUGUUGUGUACACAGUGUGGCCUCUUGUGUAGAUGUAGGAUACUGCUACAGUAUUGUGAUCAGUAUUGUGUUGUGUACACAGUGUGGCCUCUUGUGUAGAUGUAGGAUACUGCUACAGUAUUGUGAUCAGUAUUGUGUUGUGUACACAGUGUGGCCUCUUGUGUAGAUGUAGGAUACUGCUACAGUAUUGUGAUCAGUAUUGUGUUGUGUACACAGUGUGGCCUCUUGUGUAGAUGUAGGAUACUGCUACAGUAUUGUGAUCAGUAUUGUGUUGUGUACACAGUGUGGCCUCUUGUGUAGAUGUAGGAUACUGCUACAGUAUUGUGAUCAGUAUUGUGUUGUGUACACAGUGUGGCCUCUUGUGUAGAUGUAGGAUACUGCUACAGUAUUGUGAUCAGUAUUGUGUUGUGUACACAGUGUGGCCACGUGUGUAGAUGUAGGAUACUGCUACAGUAUUGUGAUCAGUAUUGUGUUGUGUACACAGUGUGGCCUCUUGUGUAGAUGUAGGAUACUGCUACAGUAUUGUGAUCAGUAUUGUGUUGUGUACACAGUGUGGCCUCUUGUGUAGAUGUAGGAUACUGCUACAGUAUUGUGAUUAGUAUUGUGUUGUGUACACAGUGUGGCCUCGUGUGUAGAUGUAGGAUACUGCUACAGUAUUGUGAUCAGUAUUGUGUUGUGUACACAGUGUGGCCUCUUGUGUAGAUGUAGGAUACUGCUACAGUAUUGUGAUCAGUAUUGUGUUGUGUACACAGUGUGGCCUCGUGUGUAGAUGUAGGAUACUGCUACAGUAUUGUGAUCAGUAUUGUGUUGUGUACACAGUGUGGCCUCUUGUGUAGAUGUAGGAUACUGCUACAGUAUUGUGAUCAGUAUUGUGUUGUGUACACAGUGUGGCCUCUUGUGUAGAUGUAGGAUACUGCUACAGUAUUGUGUUGUGUACACAGUGUGGCCUCUUGUGUAGAUGUAGGAUACUGCUACAGUAUUGUGAUCAGUAUUGUGUUGUGUACACAGUGUGGCCUCUUGUGUAGAUGUAGGAUACUGCUACAGUAUUGUGAUCAGUAUUGUGUUGUGUACACAGUGUGGCCUCUUGUGUAGAUGUAGGAUACUGCUACAGUAUUGUGAUCAGUAUUGUGUUGUGUACACAGUGUGGCCUCGUGUGUAGAUGUAGGAUACUGCUACAGUAUUGUGAUCAGUAUUGUGUUGUGUACACAGUGUGGCCUCGUGUGUAGAUGUAGGAUACUGCUACAGUAUUGUGAUCAGUAUUGUGUUGUGUACACAGUGUGGCCUCUUGUGUAGAUGUAGGAUACUGCUACAGUAUUGUGAUCAGUAUUGUGUUGUGUACACAGUGUGGCCUCUUGUGUAGAUGUAGGAUACUGCUACAGUAUUGUGAUCAGUAUUGUGUUGUGUACACAGUGUGGCCUCUUGUGUAGAUGUAGGAUACUGCUACAGUAUUGUGAUCAGUAUUGUGUUGUGUACACAGUGUGGCCUCUUGUGUAGAUGUAGGAUACUGCUACAGUAUUGUGAUCAGUAUUGUGUUGUGUACACAGUGUGGCCUCGUGUGUAGAUGUAGGAUACUGCUACAGUAUUGUGAUCAGUUUGCCGAUUCGUUGCCUGAUUUGUCAGACAUGUGGUUAAUAAAAAAUGCUUUGUUAA